AUGCAGACUCAAAGAAAUGAAUCUAAAGAUUUAUCUGAAACAGAUUCAUUGAAGUUGGAAAAUGCUAGGCUAAUGACUAGAAUUGUAGAAUUAGAACCAAUAGUAAAAGAAAAAAAUGCGUUUGAGGCUGAGCUAAAACAGAUUAUGAAGGAAAAUGUCAAAU